AUGCCGAACGACAAACCCAAGGACCCGGAUGCUAUCGACGAGCCCGAGAAGGAGGCUCCGGAGGCCGUCGACGAGCCCGAGAAGGAGGCUCCGGAGGCCGUCGACGAGCCCGAGAAGGAGGCCCCGGAGGUCGAACGACGAGCCGAGAAGGAGACGACGAGCCCGAGGAGGAGUCCCCGGAGGCCAUCCCCGAGAAGGAAGCCCCGGAUGCCGAACGACCCCGAGGCCGGAUGCCGACGAGCCCGAGAAGGAGGCUCCGGAGGCCGUCGACGAGCCCGAGAAGGAAGCCCCGGAGGCCAUCGACGAGCCCGAGGCCCGGAUGCUGACGAAGGAGGCUCCGGAGGCCGAACGACGAGCCCGAUAAAGAAGCCCGGGAGACCAUCGACGAGCCCGAGGCCCGGACGACGAGCCCGAAAAGGAGCCCCGGGGCCGUCGACGGAGGCCGUCGACGAGCCCGAGAAGGAGGCCCCGGAGGCCGUCGACGAGCCCUCCGGAGGCCGUCGACGAGCCCGAGAAGGAGGCUCCGGAGGCCGUCGACGAGCCCGAGAAGGAGGCCCGAGGACCAUCGACGAGCCCGAGAGGGAGGCCCCGGAGGCCAUCAUCGAGCCCGAGAAGGAAGCCCGGAGGCCGAACGACGAGCCCGAGAAGGAAGCCCCGGAGGCCGAACGACGAGCCCGAGAAGGAGGCUCCGGAGGCCGUCGACGAGCCCGAGAAGGAGGCUCCGGAGGCCGUCGACGAGCCCGAGAAGGAGGCUCCGGAGGCCGUCGACGAGCCCGAGAACCGGAGACCAUCGACGAGCCCGAGAGGGAGGCCCCGGAGGCCAUCAUCGAGCCGAGAAGGAAGCCCGGAGGCCGAACGACGAGCCCGAGAAGGAAGCCCGGAGCCGAACGACGAGCCCGAGAAGGAGGCUCCGGAGGCCGUCGACGAACCGACCGGAGGCCGUACGAGCCCGAGAAGGAGGCCCCGGAGGAGGCUCCGGAGGCCGUCGACGAACCCGAGAAGGAAGCCCCGGAGGCCGAACGACGAGCCCGAGGCCCGGAUGCCGUCGACGAGCCCGAGAAGGAGGCUCCGGAGGCCGUCGACGAGCCCGAGAAGGAGGCCGGAGGCCGUCGACGAGCCCGAGAGGGAGGCCCCGGAGGCCAUCGACGAGCCCGAGAAGGAAGCCCGGAGGCCGUCGACGCCGAGAAGGAGGCUCCGGACGACGACGAACCCGAGAAGGAGGCUCCGGAGGCCGUCGACGAGCCCGAGAAGGAGGCUCCGGAGGCCGUCGACGAGCCCGAGAAGGAGGCCCCGGAGACCAUCGACGAGCCCGAGAAGGAAGCCCCGGAGGCCGAACGACGAGCCCGAGAAGGACGGAGGCGUCGACGAGCCGAGAAGGAAGCCCGGAGGACCAUCGACGAGCCCGAGAAGGAGCCCCGGAGGCCGAACGACGAGCCCGAGGCCCCGGAUGCCGUCGACGAGCCCGAGAAGGAAGCCCCGGAGGCCGAACGACGAGGCCGAGGCCCCGGAUGCUGUCGACGAGCCCGAGAAGGAGGCCCCGGAGACCAUCGACGAGCCCGAGGCCCCGGAUGCCGUCGACGAGCCCGAGAAGGAAGCCCCGGAGGGCCGAACGACGAGGAGGCCCCGGAUGCUGUCGACGAGCCCGAAAAGGAGGCCCCGGAGACCGUCGACGAUCCCGAGGCCCCGGAUGCUGUCGACGAACCCGAGAAGGAAGCCCCGGAGGCCGAACGACGAGCCCGAAGGCCCCGGAGGCUGCUCUCACAAGCAGAGAUUAACAUUACCUUAGAUGAUGUCGAUUUUUACCCUAGAUUUCAGCAAAUUACCUUAGAACUGUUGGAGCAUAUCCUUGAAAAUUAA